GCACGGAUGUAACCGUGGUCACGACUCCACGAAGUGUUGGCUGAAAGGUUGUUAAUCCCAAUGACCUAGCCUAAUUCUUAAACUGUUUUUCACCACGUAACCAUUUUAUCCUCUCCUAGUUGGGGAUUGUUGUUCCCAGGGAUAUAGUCUAGUGUUAAAUACGAAGGUGGGUAAACCAGCAAUGCAGCGAAAAACAUAGGAUGGCCGAACGCAUAACGUUAUGCUACAUUGAGGACAACGUUUUGGCCACUUCCCCGUACUUAAAAAACGCUAAUUUCUGAUCACAACAACAGGAUUUAGAUCAUAUCCACAAAAACUACAGUCCCAACAAGUACUUGCGGGUCGCGGGGCGGAUCCGUACGCCAAACCGAAGCGCUUGCGGAGAAGUGAACUUUAACCAGGGGUUUCUCCAAGGUCGGGGUGCUGAUGUCACAGAAUAUUUUGAUUUUUCAGGAUAUGUUGGAUAUCGUCAUGGGGAGCACGUUUGUGAAAUGUGCUGCCACCGAUCUACUGAUCCAGUGGGUCGGCUGGGCUGUUGCCGCCGCCCUGAAAACGGAGAAAUUUUACGACUUAGCAGGGUCCGGUACAUUUAUAUUAUUAGCCCAUCUUAGUCGGAUAUGGGGAGGAAGCGGUCAUGUGCGGCAGAAUGUGCAAACUGGACUCGUGACAGCAUGGGGACUGAGGUUGGGCACCUACCUCUUUCUGCGGAUAAUGAAGGACGGGCACGACCGCAGGUUUAACAAUGUCAGGGACAGCCCCGGAACCUUCUUUGUGUAUUGGACAGUCCAAGCUCUGUGGGUGUUUGUGACGCUCCUGCCCACCCUGAUUCUAAACAAUGAGCACCGAGAUGAGCCCCUGGGUCCGCGGGAUUACCUGGGGUGGGGCCUGUGGGGGUUGGGCUUUGCCACGGAGGCCAUUGCUGACCAGCAGAAGUGGAUUUUUAAACAGGACCCCGAUAACGCCGGGAAAUUCAUCCAGAGCGGGCUGUGGGCGUACAGCCGGCACCCUAAUUACCUGGGGGAGAUCCUGCAGUGGUCCGGCCUCUUCCUGUCCGCCUCCUCAGUGAUGAGGGGUGUCCAGCACCUCAGCGUGGUGUCACCUCUCUUCCUCUGGUUCCUCCUGCGCCACGUCAGCGGGAUCCCCAUUCUGGAGCAGCAGGCCCUGAAGAAGUGGGGGUCAGACCCCGCCUUCCAGAACUACCUCAGAAACACUCCUCUCCUCUGGCCCAGCCUUUGGCCCUGCCUCCAGUGAUAGGCCAUGCUUCCUUUUAGGGAGUUUAUCUUGGCGUAUAGUUAAGCCUGAUUAUACUUUGUUGCAUGACCAUUUCGACAAGUGCCGUGCGACAAAUGAGUGUCGCACGACGUUUUGCAUUUAUACUUCAGCAAUGAGCUGUGGAGAGGGUUCUGUUGUCUAUGGUAACGAGACGCCAAACUGCUGAUGUUUACAUCUGUGAAAACAUUGCGACACCCGGUGAAAUAAGGGAGGCAUUAAUUUUAGAUCUACUUCAGUUUCAAAAAAUGAUGCAAACAAAACCGAAGGCGGUCUGUCACUCAUAUAAACUGAAAAUAAUGACGUUUUCCUGACAAUUAAUUUCGUGUGUUCCAUUUGGCUGUCAACCUGUGCAACAAAUUAUGAAGUUCUGCGACAUAAAAUUCUAGAGGAGCGUGACACUGAAAGUGUCGGGCAACACAUUCUUCUGUUGAAAAUACAUCAUUUUUGAUGAAGUAUAAAUCAGGCUUUCGCCCCAAUCACUGGCAGAGGGACCAUGCGGUGUUAUUACAUCAGUUACCUCAAAGCAAAACAUUUCUGCAUUAGCCCAAGGCUUUUGGUAAUGGGAGACCAGCGGCAGUUUCUGUGAAAAGGGCACCCAGUGACAGCCAAAGCACUUCUACAGACUAAAAGCACUAAAUCCCAAGUGUUUAAAAUGCAUAUCGGUUACAAAGCGGGGUUAAGCGGUUUUCUGUUGUACUGUGACAAUUUUUUAAAUAUGAAUUAUACACCUGCCAUUUAUACUAUGUGCACUAAAUAAAAGUACGAUCAGCUUUAUGCAAAAUCA